ACAGGAGCCGCGGGCGCCGCGCACCCCCGGCCGCUCGCCAUGGAGCCCGUGACCAGGUGGAGCCCCAAGCAAGUGGUGGACUGGACGAGAGGGCUGGAUGAUUGCCUGCAGCAGUAUGUCCACAAGUUCGAGCGGGAGAAGAUAAACGGAGAACAGCUGCUGCAGAUUUCCCACCAGGAUCUCGAGGAGCUGGGUGUCACCCGGAUCGGGCACCAGGAGCUCGUGUUGGAGGCUGUGGACCUUCUCUGUGCACUGAAUUAUGGCCUGGAAACCGAUAAUAUGAAGAACUUGGUACUGAAACUGCGAGCCUCUUCCCAUAAUUUACAGAAUUAUAUCAGCAGCCGACGGAAAAGCCCCACUUAUGACGGGAACACCUCCCACAAGCCCUCCAAUGAGUUCCUGACUUCUGUGGUGGAGCUCAUAGGCGCCGCCAAGGCCUUGCUAGCGUGGCUGGACAGGGCUCCAUUUACAGGGAUCACUGACUUCUCAAUAACGAAGAACAAAAUCAUUCAGCUUUGCUUGGACCUGACCACGACAGUCCAGAAGGAUUGCCUGAUAGCAGAAAUGGAGGAUAAAGUUUUAGCUGUGGUCAAGGUUUUGAAUGGCAUCUGCGACAAAACAAUCCGAUCCGCGGCGGAUCCUAUGAUGAGCCAGUGUGCGUGUCUGGAGGAGGUACACUUGCCAGACGUGAAGCCCGGGGAAGGCCUGGGCAUGUACAUCAAAUCAACCUACGAUGGAUUGCACGUGAUCACCGGGACCACGGAAAACUCUCCUGCAGACAGAUCUCAGAAGAUCCACGCUGGUGAUGAAGUCAUUCAAGUUAAUCGGCAAACUGUGGUGGGAUGGCAGCUAAAAAACCUGGUGAAAAAAUUGAGAGAGAAUCCUACUGGAGUUGUGUUACUGCUUAAGAAGCGCCCCUCGGGGUCUUUCAACUUCACUCCUGCCCCCCUGAAGAACCUCCGGUGGAAGCCACCCCUCGUGCAGACCUCACCUCCACCCACGACAACCCAGUCCCCCGAGAGCACUAUGGAUACCUCGCUGAAGAAGGAGAAGCCAGCCAUCUUGGAUCUGUAUAUCCCUCCUCCUCCAGCCGUCCCCUACUCCCCUCGCGUUGAGAAGGGCAGUUCUGCUUACGGAGGAUCCAGUCGGUGUAAACAAGCAUUGCUUGGCCGGAAGGGUUCUGAGUCUCCAAAUUCCUUCUUGGACCAGGAGAGCCGCAGGCGGAGAUUUACCAUCGCUGAUUCCGAUCAGUUGCCUGGGUAUUCCGUGGAAACCAAUAUUCUGCCACCAAAAAUGAGAGAAAAAACACCAUCUUAUGGCAAACCCCGGCCCUUGUCAAUGCCUGCCGAUGGGAGCUGGAUGGGGAUUGUGGACCCUUUUGCCAGACCUCGAGGCCACGGGAGGAAAGGUGAGGACGCGCUCUGCCGGUACUUCAGCAAUGAGAGGAUCCCCCCCAUCAUGGAGGAGAGCACCUCUCCCCCGUGCCGGUUCUCCAGGCCAGAGCGGCACCUGGUGCGGGGCGCAGACUACAUCCGUGGGAGCCACUGCUGCGUGACAGCGGAUCUGCACGGCAGCGCCACCAUCCCCUUCCAGGAGGAAGGCUCCAAAAAGAAAUGUGUCUCCUCAGGGGCCAAGUCCUCCUCCACAGAACCUUCCCUGCUGGCCAGCUGGCUCACGCGCCUCAAACUGUUGACUCACUGAGCCCUGCGCCCCGCCUGCCCCCCGCCACCAAGUGCCUUGUGUCCCCCGCGAGCGCCCCCAGGACUCGGCCACAGUGUGAUGCAGCCGCCUUGUGCACCGCAGCGCGUUGUUUUUGGAAGUUGUAUACGGGAUGGGAACCACUGCCGAGGAUCUUAAGUGCUGGCUUGUGCACGUGGACGGAGAGAGAGGGAGAGUUUGGACACCGAGUGGGAACUCAGAGACACCCGGUGAAACGGGUCGGCCGGAUGGCAGAGGUCUUGGGACAGAAAUCAGUGGCCAUGGCCAUGGCCACACGGAAGUUGUGUUGGUUUGUGGUCCAACUUCUUCACCCGAAAAGCCAGUGGAGAAAACGCAUUUGUUUUGAUUUUUUUUUUCCAAGUUCUAUACUUACUUGUAACUGUAGCGGCUUUGACUUUGAAAUAUCAAAGACACGUGGCAAGUCAUCCGAUGCACUUGCAAAGCAGAAGUCGAAGUCCAGGCCUGUUACACCUCUUAUCCCCUUUAUAACCAUCUCUGUGUAGGUCAGUUGAAAAUGGAAACCCGUGAACAUGUUUGGGGGUGCUUAUUCCAGGCGAGGAAGCUGAUGGUGAUUUUGAGGGGCGUCAUAGCAUUUUGUAUUGUUGUCCUUAAGGAAAAAAGAAGCUAUAAGGUUUGCUGACAGCCAAAGUCUCAUCCAGAAGUGAAGCCACAGUACUUAGGCUGAGGGGAGAGUCAUCAGUUUGCAUGUUGAGCUGUUCAAUGUCUAUCUUCUAGAAAAGAACAGACAGUUCUUCAAAAUUAUCCACAUGUUGCUAGUUAGAAACCUCUGGCGAGGCUCACAGUCACUCAUUUUCAACUAGCAUCAGGUAUUUUGAGAAAGUGUGUCUGAUAUUAACUCUUGUUUAAACUGAAUGUAUGAUAUUUUGUUAGAAUGGAAAAGCACUAUCUUGUUAAUUUAAGUGUUUUAAAUAUAGUUGUAUAUUUUUCUUACUCCUAGUCACGUGGAAUGGAAAUGUUUCUGUUUUGCGUCAUACGUGAAGCUGACCAGAGUGUCCCAGGUGUUGUCAAGUUCUCGGGGUGACCACAUGGCCUCCGUUGUUAAGAAACAGAAUAAAUCCUCGCGAGCAUUUUGGGAUUUUUUUGGCAUUGGAAAUGGGGCAAUGAGGAACCAUGUGUAAAGUAAAAUUACAUCCAGGGAAUUACCUGAGGCGAAUUCCCAGGCAGAACUGUGCCUACUCAAAAAAUAUCCUCCUCCCACACCCCUGAAGUUGUUUACUUUGCUAAAACCUCCUGAAAUUCAAUAAAUUGGAGAUUCCCUGGAAUUAGUCAACAUACGUCCCUUUAAAACGCCCCUGCUGGGGUUCAGAGAACCAGCAAUCACUCGUGGCUGGCUGUCUUUAGCCUCUACAGGAACGCAGCGAGACACGGUGUUUCACAGCAAAUAGAAAGGAUGUUGGCAAACCUGGGGUACAAGAGGCAGGACUGUGGGACUCACUGGGUUCUGAACAACACAGCAUAAGGCUGAAGGUGGGACUGGGCAGGCCUGGUAGUAGGGCCCCCCGGACCUGGAGGGAGCUCUGGGGAAGGCGGGGGCAGCCAUCGCCCAACGUACUGUUCGCUUGAGCUGGCUUUAGGCCUGGAAAAUCGGGUGGCAACAUCUCUUCUCCCUUCCUGGAUUUAGGCGAGGGAUCAGUGGUGUCGCUCAGCUGAGUAAUGAGUUAAAUAGCUUUGGAGACCUCAGCCGGAGGCUACCCCCUUCUCAGUGGAGAAAAUGCCACUUGUGAUCAAAGUGAAUUUCCAGAAGUCAGUAUUAACUAUGGGCUGAUUUGACCUCCUUGACCCUACCAAAUGGUGUUUUUCAGACUGUUCUCUGAAGCCCCCAAGAAAGACCAGAGAAACUUCUGGGUCCUUCACCUUCAGUGACUGCCUACCGCACCCCGCCGCCCCCAACAACUGCCUUUUAAUUUUUCUUUGGCAUUUCCUCCUGUAUUGUGUUGGAGAAAUAGAUUGCAGCUAAAAAAAAUUUUGUGUAUCUCUACUGUUGAGGUCUAUAAACAGUAUUUUAAUACUAAUUUCUUAGAAAUGGAAACUGCUUGCCUCAGUAGUAACCCAGGUUUAAUGUUUGGCAUGUAUUAUCAAAAGAAAGUGCAGAAUGAUGACACACUUUGAGCGGAUACUUUGAAGUGGUGAUUCCAGACCCAACCCAAUACCCACCCCAUUUUCCAAUAAAUAUUUUAUAACAUCAUGACAAUAAACUGAAAACCAUGAAUGAUGACAGCUGUCUUCACACAUGAAGGCAUCACCCCUGUUUACUAUUGCAAAGUGAAGAUAAUAGUGAUGUAGUCAGUUUUCGACACAGGUAUCCAUUUAAUGUGCUUACUGAAAUAUAAGAAAACACAAAUGUAUUUUAU